AUGUUUAUCAAAAGCAAGCCCGGAAAGUAUGGACUGAAAGAGCAAUGUUUGUGCGACGCAAGAUCUCGAUACUUGUACAAUGCAUUUAUAUACACAGGAAAACCUCUAACUCAAAGAAAUUCUUCACUAUCAGUGCCAACUCAAGAUGUUCUACAGCUUACUGAACCGUUAUAUGGAUCACACAGAAAUGUCACUGGAGAUAGUUGGUGUACUUCUGUGGAGUUAGUGGAUAUUCUCUUACAAAAAGGACUAACAUAUGUUGGCACACUGCGGAAAAACAAGAGAGAAAUUCCACUAGAAUUUCUACCUAACAAGACAAGGCCCCUGGAAUCAUCAUUAUUCGGAUUUGUAAGUGACAAAACAUUGGUAUCACACGUACCAAAAAAAAACAAGAGCGUAGUUCUACUUUCUUCUAUGCACCAUGACAUGUCAGUAAACGAGCAGUCUAAAAAACCGGAAAUAAUAGAAUUGUAUAACAGCACCAAAGGAGGUGUAGAUGCCUUGGAUUUGAAGUGUUCAAAUUAUUCAUGUGCACGUCGAACACGAAGAUGGCCUAACGCAAUGUUUGGUGCUAUAAUGAACAUUUCAAUUGCAAAUGGUUAUGUUCUCUGGGUUCUAUCUAAUCCGAAUAAAAAAUUGAGCCGUCGUAACUAUAUAAAGUCUAUUGCAAUGACUCUUAUAAAGCCACAUAUUUCCCAGAGAUGGGAAAAUAAUCCUACCUUGACCAAAGAUAUAAAAGCAAUAAUGUGCAAGUUGAUUGACAAAGAGCAGCCUUUGGUUGAUUCGGAUGAAGCUGGCCCUAGUGCCCCAAAAAUGAAGCGUAGAUGCUUUAUUUGCCCAAGGGCUAAAGACAAAAAGAGUACUAUUGUUUGCAAAUCUUGCAAAAAAACUAUUUGCAAGCCUCAUUCAAUAGCAAUUACUUACUGUUUACCAUGCCAACGCAAAGAUUAA